AUGGAGUACACCUCCGUCUACCGGUCGAUGGUUCGACUGAUCACCCAGCCUCGCCUCGGCGACCCAAUAACCGUCUCAGGUAACCCAGCAGAGCACAAUGACCCAGACUAUAUCAGCAGAGUUUACCAGCAACUCUUGAGGAUUUUACAAUCUCAGAACCCAACAGCAUCACGAGCAUACAUGAAGUGGUUGACCGAGAGAGAAGUAUGGAGACUUUACUUCGGAGCAGUACCAUUCAUUGGUGGAGAGAGCUGGGAUGUAGCACAGCAAAUCACCCUCACCAGCACCAGCCCCAGCAUUUUAAGAACCUCUAUCAGCAUACCACUCAACCCCUCCACCAGCAUAUCACCCAGCACCAACACCAGCCUACCAACCAGCACCAGCGUACCAGCCUACAUUCACGCCCCCCCCCCAGCAACACCAUCGCCAGCGCUACCAACCAGCGACCAUACAGCAUGCCAGAAGAAAAUCGACGAGCUCACAAACCAAGGCAUCAUGCUUGAGAAGGUAGCAGCCGAACAGAGCAGAGCGAGCGCUCUGAUAACAGGGUGGUUUUGCGGGAAGUGGAGGGAAGCAUGUUCAGUAGUUCACGAAGACCCGGCGUCGGUCGAGAAUUGGUUGUCCGAGCGAUUUGAGCAGUUUUUGAGCGAGAAAAAAGAACAAGAUCUGGCAAAUAAGGGUCCAGCAGAGGGUGUAGGAGAGGAGAAAGCAGAAGGGGAGAAGGAUGCUACGGCAUCAGAGUGA